AUGGCAUUCAACUCAUUCAUAGCUUCAGGUUCUGUACCUUUGAACUUCAUGAACAUUGAACCUCUUACUGGUUCAAACUUUAAGAGAUGGAAAGCAGACAUAGAAAUCUACCUAAAUGUCAACCACUUAGAUUUGCCUAUGUAUAAGACACCUCCAGAAGCCCUGACUAUAGCUAGCACUAGUGAACAACAGAAAUAUUUUGAUGAGUGGCAUAGGCUGAAUCGAGUAUGCAAGAAUGUAAUGAAAAGAACCAUGUCUGAUUCUGUUAGUGGGAGUAUUGAAGAAAAGGAGUUAGCUACAGAAUUUCUGGAAUCAAUUGGUGAAAGAUUCAAGGAGAGUGAUAAGGCUCAGAUUGCAAACCUACUGAACAAAUUGUUGAACACCAAAUACACAGGAUCAGGAACCAUUAGAGAACACAUCUUGAAACUUGUUGAUUAUGCCGCUAAGCUGAAAACCUUGAAGAACCCUAUUUCUGAUGAGAUGCUUAUUCAUCACACCCUAAACUCACUGCCAACGAGCUUUGAACAUCUCAACACCACUUACCUAGCUCAAAAGGAUAAAUGGGACAUAAACGAGCUGAUUUCGAUAUGUGUGCAAGUCGAUGAAAGAAUUAAGAAGGAGAAAAAUGAGAAAAGUGUGAAUCUGGUAGGCAAACCAAAAUGGAAAAACCAGAAGGGGAAUAAUCAGAAGGGAAAGAAGUUCAGCCCUACCUCCAGCCCCUGA